AUGUCGCGAAGUCUAGCCGGCCGUCUCCCUCGCUUUCUAUCAUUACGGGCGCUCGCACCACGCGUCAGCUCGCCGCUCCUCCCGCUCGCAGCCGGCGCAGGCCGAUUAAGCCCUCGCGAGCUCACGCGCACCCCGCGCAUCUCCUCCACGCGCCUCUUCCACGCCUCGCCCUCCAGCCGGCUCUCCCCGACGCGAAUAUCGUUCGAAAACUCGCCGUCGCAGGAGCCGUUACCGCCCAACGCGACUCUGGCGCAGAAACUGAAACACCUCAUCCGCGCGUACGGCUGGUACGCGCUCGGCGUCUACAUUAUCGUGUCGGCGGUCGACUUUAGCGUCGCGUUCGCCGGUAUCAACUUUUUGGGCGCCGAGUAUGUGUCGGAGAUCGCGACGUCGGCGAAGGAGUGGGUGUUCUCGCUCGUGAACUACACGCCCUCCCCGCCUACGCCCUCCGCCGAGGCUGCAGCGGCCGCGGCGUCGUCCGGCGGCAACGAGGGUCUGUACGCGAUGCUCGUGCUGGCGUAUACCGUGCACAAGACGCUGUUCUUGCCCGUGCGAAUCGGCGUCACGGCGGCGUUUACACCGCGCCUCGUGCAUUGGCUUCGCGCGAGAGGAUGGGCAGGCGGGAAGGGUACGCGCCAGGCCGUUCAGGAUAUGCGGGACCGCGUCAGGCGCGAUUAG